AAUCCCUACCUCUUCUAUUUUUCAAACUUCAAUUUACAACAAAAACACAAAAAAAAAUGGCUUUAACACCUUGUUCUUCAACUUCUUUUAUCAAUAAAAAAGAAAGAAAAAAUUAUAGAACACAUGAUGAUAUCUCAAGCAUGAUUUGCUUUGCUAAAAUCAAUACACCAUCAUACAAUCUCAAAGCAAAAAGUUCCAAUCAAGAAGUUCAAUUCUUGAAUCCCAAUAUGGAAGAAAAAGAGAAAUUCCAUAUGCUUACAAGUGGUACUACUCAUAGCAACAAUAGUAGUACAAAAGUGCCUGUUUUUGUGAUGUUACCACUUGACACUACAUCAAUUGGUGGCAAUAUGAACAAGCCAAGAGCUAUGAAUGCUAGUUUGAUGGCAUUAAAAGGUGCUGGAGUUGAAGGGGUAAUGGUUGAUUGUUGGUGGGGUUUGGUUGAAAAAGAUGGACCUUUGAAGUAUAAUUGGGAAGGAUAUGAUGAACUUGUGAAGAUGGUUCAAGCAAAUGGAUUGAAGCUUCAAGUUGUCAUGUCUUUUCAUCAGUGUGGUGGUAACGUCGGAGAUUCCUGCAGCAUCCCUCUACCUCCAUGGGUACUUGAAGAAAUUAGCAAAAAUCCAGAUAUUGUGUAUACAGAUAGAUCAGGCAGGAGAAAUCCUGAGUACAUUUCUUUAGGUUGUGAUCAAUUACCAGUACUUAGAGGAAGAACACCAAUUCAAGUCUACACUGAUUACAUGACAAGUUUUAGAGAAAAAUUCAAGAAUUACUUAGGUGAUGUUAUAGUGGAAAUACAAGUGGGGAUGGGUCCUUGUGGUGAACUAAGAUAUCCAUCUUAUCCAGAAAGCAAUGGUACUUGGAGAUUUCCUGGUAUUGGUGAAUUUCAAUGCUAUGAUAAGUACAUGAAGGCUUCACUAGCAGCAUCAGCACAUGCAAUGGGAAACGAAUCGUGGGGCCGAGGUGGGCCCCACGAUUCUGGUCAGUACAACCAGUUUCCUCUGGAAACUGGUUUUUUCAAAAAGGAUGGUACAUGGAAUAGUGAAUAUGGACAAUUUUUCCUAGAAUGGUAUUCAAGAAAGUUAUUAGAACAUGGUGACAAUAUCCUAGCAUCAGCACAAGGCAUAUUCAAAGGAACAGGUUGUAAAUUAUCAGGCAAAGUAGCUGGAAUUCAUUGGCAUUAUAACACAAGAUCACAUGCAGCAGAGUUAACAGCAGGGUACUAUAACACAAGGAACAAAGAUGGUUACCUACCAAUAGCACGUAUGUUCGCGAAACGUGGGGUUGUUUUUAACUUUACAUGUAUGGAAAUGAGGGACGGGGAGCAGCCACACAGCGCGAAUUGUUCACCAGAAGGUUUGGUUAGACAAGUGAAAAACGCGACUAGAAAUGUUGGAGUAGAAUUAGCUGGAGAAAACGCGUUAGAGAGGUACGAUGGAGGAGGAUAUGCACAAGUUUUAAGCGCAAGCAGAGCAGACUCUGGAAAUGGAUUGAGUGCAUUUACAUACUUGAGAUUGAACAAAAGGUUGUUCGAGCCCGAGAAUUGGAGAAAUCUCGUUGAGUUUGUGAAGAACAUGUCGGAAGGAGGUAACACGAGGCUUUCAGAAUGCGAUUCGAGUAGAACGGACUUGUAUGUUAGAUUUGUCAAACAGAGUCAUGCUAAGAGAACUACAGAGGUUGCAGUUGUGUAGAGAGGUUCAUUUGGCCUCGGGGAUUUGGUUCAGUGGUAAGAGUGCAACAUAUGUCAGCCAACUGAAAUUUAUAGAUUUCUCGAUUAUAAAAUGUAACAUGUAAAAUAUAUAGUCACUCCUAUAGAGUAUAUAGCAUAUAAAGAUGAGAAUAAAUGCUAAAAUCUAUAUUAUAGUUUGAAAACUAUUUGUUAUUUCUGCAACUAUAGGACUCAAAUGAGUAUAUUCUUUUCUUUGUACAAAAUAAUAAUAAAUUUUGCCUUUCCACAUUUAA